AUGUCGUUCGCGGAGCUGCAUGCAGCAGCCGCAGCCACGGCUGCUGCUGACAGUGCCUACCUUGAAGAUGCCCGCAAGGCGCAGCAGCUGCAGCAGCUGCUGCGGCGACACGUCGCUGCGCUGCAGUCGCUGCAGCAGCACUGCGCACGCCCGGAGCCUCGCCGUCUGCUGUCAAGCGGGGUGUUUGAGGAGCAGCUGCAGCAGCACCAGCAGCACCAGCAGCUGCAGCAGGAGUUUGUGGCUGCAAGGGCAGCAGCUGACAACUUGAGGAGCGCUUUGCGGCAGCUGCAGCUUCAUGUCAGUGCUGCUGCUUCGCUUAGGGAGAAGCAGCAACGGCGGAUGCACUACAAGCAGCUCGUGGGUGCUGCGGAGCAGCUGCUGCGGCAGCUGCGAGAUAUAGCGGAGGGAGAAGAGCUCUGUCUGCAGCAGCAGCAGCAAGAGCUGCUGCUGCUGAAUAUGGAUGAUGCAGCCAUACAGGAGCAGCAGAAAGGCGCACACAGCAGCCUGCAGCCGCAGCCAUAUAUUCGCCAAGACCCUCCUGCUGCAUAUGGCCCAGGGGCGGCAGCAGCCCCAGAAGCAGCAGCAGCAGCUGCUGCUGCUGCAGCUGCUGCUGGCCACCUCAGGGGCUCUGCUCGAACAACUGCAGCAGCUGCUCACGGCGCGAGGGAAGUGAACGAUGGAGCGAAGAGGGGCGCUGCUGCUGCUGCUGCUGCUGCUGCUGCUGCUGCCGAUCAGCAGACAGCGGCAGCAGCCCAGCACGUGCACCUGCACGCGACGUCGCAGCUGUGGCCCCAGUACGGUGUAUGUCCAGCUCCCCUGCAGCUGCAGCACCAGCUGGCUCAGGCAAGAACGUCGGUCCCCAUAUUUAUCCCCGACAGCAAAAUUGCUGCUUCACUGGUGCAGGAGAAGAGGGACAAUCUCGCGAGGAUCCACCGAGAAAUAAAAAGCAUUCAGUCACUUUACCAACAAAUGGCUUUCUUCACGGAUGAACAGGGGAGCCGACUUGAAGUUGUGGACCGAAACCUUGAAGGAGUUCGCCAAGAGUCGGUGAGGGCAGCUCGAGAAAUGGCAAUUGCUGUGCGUGCAGAGAGAAGAAGAAAGUGCAGGCGGUGUCUGUUCAAUUGUUCUCUCUUCCUCGUUCUGCUUUCCCUCGGUUUCACCAUCUGGUGGAGCGCAACCUCGUAG